CCCCCCCCCCCCAAUAAUCCAAGAUCAACUCUGCAAACAACAGAAGACGGUUCAUGGCUCUGGCCGCCGCGCCACCAUCUUUCGGGCUGCGGAGGGUGUUCCUGACGAUUAAUCAACAGAUAUGGUCCGGAAAAAGAACCCCCCUCUGAGAAACGUUGCUAGUGAAGGCGAGGGUCACACCCCGGAGCCAAUAGCUACAGAAAGCAAGGUGUCUGCAAAGGACAAAGAGUUUUCUGCAGAUCAGAUGUCAGAAAAUACAGACCACAGCGAUGCUGCAGAACUGAACACGAAAGAGGAGCCCAGCGCGCAUGGCCAAGAUCCAUCUCCUAGCAGUAAGAAGGACUUGCAAAUCUCAGGCCUGAGUGAGAAGGCUGGCUUCAAUUAUGACAGCCCGAGUAAGGGAGGAAACCUUGCCUCCUUCCCGCAUGAUGAGGUAACAGACAGAAAUAUGUUGGCUUUCUCAUCUCCAGCUGCUGGGGGAGUCUGCGAGCCCUUGAAGUCUCCUCAAAGAGCAGAGGCAGAUGACCCUCAAGAUAUGGCCUGCACCCCAUCAGGGGAUUCAUUGGAGACAAAAGAAGAGCAUAAAAUGUCACCAAAGGCUACCGAGGAAACAGGGCCAGUGCAGAGUAGUCAGGCCAAUUGUCAAGGUUUGAGCCCGGUUUCCGUGGCCUCAAAAAACCCACAAGUGCCUUCAGAUGGGGGUGUAAGACUGAGUAAACCCAAAACUGACUUACUGGUGAAUGACAACCCAGACCCGGCACCUCUGUCUCCAGAGCUUCAGGACUUUAAAUGCAAUAUCUGUGGAUACGGUUAUUAUGGCAAUGACCCCACAGAUCUGAUUAAGCACUUCCGAAAGUAUCACUUAGGACUGCAUAAUCGCACCAGGCAGGAUGCUGAGCUGGACAGCAAAAUCCUAGCCCUCCAUAACAUGGUGCAGUUCAGCCAUUCCAAAGACUUCCAGAAGGUCAACCGCUCUGUGCUUCCGGGUGUGCUGCAGGACAUCAGCCCCUCACGGCCCGCUUUACUAAACGGCACCUAUGAUGUACAGGUCACUUCAGGUGGAACCUUCAUUGGCAUUGGACGGAAAACUCCAGAUUGCCAAGGCAACACCAAGUAUUUCCGCUGCAAAUUCUGCAAUUUCACUUAUAUGGGCAACUCAUCAACUGAACUAGAACAGCAUUUUCUUCAGACUCACCCGAAUAAAAUAAAAGUUUCUCUCCCAUCCUCCGAGGGUGCGAAACCUUCCGAGAAAAACUCGAACAAGUCCAUCCCUGCGCUUCGAGCCAGCGACUCUGGAGACUUUGGAAAGUGGCAGGACAAGAUUACAGUCAAGGCGGGAGACGACACCCCUGUCGGCUACUCCGUGCCCAUCAAGUCCCUCGAUUCCUCAAGACAAAAUGGUACAGAGGCCACCAGUUAUUACUGGUGCAAAUUUUGUAGUUUCAGCUGUGAGUCAUCUAGCUCCCUUAAGCUGCUGGAACAUUACGGGAAGCAGCACGGAGCACUGCUGUCAGGCGGCCUUAAUCCAGAGCUGAAUGACAAGCUUCCCAGGGGCUCUGUUAUUAAUCAGAAUGAUCUAGCCAAAAGCGUAGAAGGAGAGCCAUUGACCAAGCCAGAAAAGGGCUUGAGUGGGGCUAAAAAGAAGGACUUCCCCAGCAAGGGAGCAGAGGACAAUAUGGUAACAAGCUAUAACUGUCAGUUCUGUGACUUUAGAUAUUCCAAAAGCCAUGGCCCUGAUGUGAUUGUAGUAGGUCCACUUCUCCGUCACUAUCAGCAGCUCCAUAACAUUCAUAAGUGUACCAUUAAGCACUGUCCAUUCUGUCCCAGAGGCCUCUGCAGCCCUGAAAAGCACCUUGGAGAAAUUACUUACCCGUUUGCUUGUAGAAAGAGUAAUUGUUCCCACUGUGCACUCCUGCUGUUGCACUUGUCUCCUGGGGUGGCCGGAAGUUCCCGAGUCAAACACCAGUGCCACCAGUGUUCCUUCUCUACCCCCGAUGUAGAUGUGCUCCUCUUUCACUAUGAGACCAUGCAUGAGUCCCCAGCGUCGGAUGUCAAGCAAGAGGCAAACCAUCUGCUAGGAUCCGAUGGGCAGCAGGCUGUCAAGGAAAGCAAAGAGCACUCGUGCACAAAAUGCGAUUUUAUUACCCAGGUGGAAGAAGAGAUUUCUAGACACUACAGGAGAGCACACAGCUGCUACAAAUGUCGCCAGUGCAGCUUCACAGCUGCUGACACUCAGUCACUCUUGGAGCACUUCAACACGGUUCACUGCCAGGAACAGGAAAUCACUACUGCUAAUGGCGAAGAGGAUGGCCAUGCCAUACCCACCAUCAAAGAAGAGCCCAAAAUUGACCUCAAGGUCUACAGUCUGCUAAACCCAGACUCUAAAAUGGGAGAGACGGUUCCCGAGAGCAUAGUCAAGAGGGAGAAACUCGAUGAUAAGGAAGGGCUGAAAGAUAAAGUCUGGACUGAGAGUUCCAACGAUGAUCUACGUAGCAUGUCUUGGAGGGGGGCUGACAUCCUGCGGGGCAGUCCAUCCUACACUCAAGCAAGCCUAGGGCUCUUGACGCCUGUGUCCAGCUCCCAAGAGCAGACAAAGACUCUGAGAGACAGCCCCAACGUCGAAGCUGCCCACCUGGCACGACCUAUGUAUGGCUUGGCCGUCGAUACCAAGGGCUUCCUGCAAGGGGCACCUGCUGGUGGCGAGAAGUCUGCCUCCCUCACCCAGCAGUAUCCUGCAUCUGGCGAGAGCAAGACCAAGGACGAAUCCCAGUCGCUGUUACGGGCUGUGGCAAUCUCCGGAACACCAAACAGGAGGAGGCGAAGAGGCUCUGGUGUUUUUUGUGCCAAUUGCCUGACCACAAAGACCUCUCUAUGGCGAAAGAACGCAAAUGGCGGAUAUGUGUGCAAUGCAUGUGGUCUCUACCAGAAACUGCACUCGACACCCAGGCCUCUCAACAUCAUUAAACAGAACAACGGCGAGCAGAUCAUUAGAAGACGGACGAGAAAGCGCCUUAACCCAGAGGCCCUGCAGGCUGAGCAGCUCAACAAGCAGCAGAGGGGAAGUGGGGAGGAGCAGGUCAAUGGAAGCCCCUUAGAGAGGAGGUCUGAAGAUCACUUAAACGAAAGCCACCAGAGAGAGAUUCCACUUCCAAGCCUAAGCAAAUAUGAAGCCCAGGGUUCAUUGACUAAAAGCCAUUCUGCUCAGCAGCCAGUCCUGGUCAGCCAAACCCUGGAUAUUCACAAAAGGAUGCAGCCUUUGCACAUUCAGAUCAAGAGUCCUCAGGAAAGUACUGGAGAUCCAGGAAACAGUUCAUCUGUGUCUGAAGGGAAAGGAAGUUCUGAGAGAGGCAGUCCCAUAGAGAAAUACAUGAGACCUGCGAAACACCCCAACUAUUCUCCGCCAGGCAGCCCUAUUGAAAAGUACCAGUACCCACUUUUUGGACUUCCUUUUGUACAUAAUGACUUCCAGAGUGAAGCUGAUUGGCUGCGGUUCUGGAGUAAAUAUAAGCUCUCCGUUCCUGGGAAUCCACACUACUUGAGUCACGUGCCUGGCUUACCAAAUCCUUGCCAAAACUAUGUGCCUUAUCCCACCUUCAAUCUGCCUCCUCAUUUUUCAGCUGUUGGAUCAGACAAUGACAUUCCUCUUGAUUUGGCGAUCAAGCAUUCCAGACCUGGGCCAACUGCAAAUGGUGCCUCCAAGGAGAAAACAAAGGCGCCACCAAAUGUAAAAAGUGAAGGUCCCUUGAAUGUAGUUAAAACGGAGAAAGUUGACAGAAGCACUCAAGAUGAACUUUCGACAAAAUGUGUGCACUGUGGCAUUGUCUUUCUGGAUGAAGUGAUGUACGCUUUGCAUAUGAGUUGCCAUGGUGACAGUGGACCUUUCCAGUGCAGCAUAUGCCAGCAUCUUUGCACGGACAAAUAUGACUUCACAACACAUAUCCAGAGAGGCCUGCAUAGGAACAAUGCACAAGCGGAAAAAAAUGGAAAACCUAAAGAGUAAAACCUUAGCACUUAGCACAAUUAAAUAGAAAUAGGUUUUCUUGAUGGGAAUUCAAUAGCUUGUAAUGUCUUAUGAAGACCUAUUAAAAACACUUCAUAGAGCCUGCCUUAUCCAACAUGAAAUUCCCUCUUUUUUUUAAUAUUUCUUUCUUUUGAUGAGUAGGUUACCAAGAUUUUAAAAUGAAACAUAUGGUCAGUGAGAAAGAUUGGAAAAUGAUAAACAUAAUUUUUUUAAAAAAAAAAGCUAGUAAGUCAAAAAUAUCUUGCCUAAUGUAUACUGGGGAAUCUCUUUACAAAAGCCCAUCAAAUUAUAGCAAAUUUGUUGGUAAAGAUACAAAUAUUUUCUAGAAUUUUAAAGCGUUUACAUACUAUCGUAUGAAAGCAGUAUUAGGCUGGCUACUGGCCCGUUCAUUCAAAAGUCUGUAAAAAGGCUGCCUAAAUUUAAAGACAUCAUGAAAUCCCAGACAGAUGAGGAGAAAAAUGCAUCUCCAGGGCAACAGAAAGAAAACAGUAUCCUCUCAAAUUGGUCUCCUCUCAUUGGCCAUGUUUCAGAUUUACACCUCCAAAUGUGAACUGUGGUUAGGCUUGUUGAGAGAGCAGUACGAAUCGUGACAGUUGGUGGCACAAUGUUUUUUUGGCCAGCCCUGCCUGUACAUACACAUACACACCCCUCUUUGAUAUUUUUUUGUCCUUUAGAUGUUCCAGUACUUGGUAGUCAUUUUGUUUGCAGUUUAGACUCAUUUUGUCCAAAUAUAUCCAUUCUUAAAAACAAUGUCCUCAAUGCUUAUGUAGUAAUUUUAUUUUAGCCACGUAUUUCUUUCUUGUUUAUGAUGAACUGGUUUGGAUUUUUUUUUUUUAAGCCUCCUGUUGUUGGUCACUAAUCUCACUUGGCACAUUGUAACUAAAGGAAUCCCUCUCACUUCGAAAGACUAGAUGAAUAGAAAUGUCAGGCCAUGGGUUGAAUUUGUUCAGAACACAUGGUAUUUCUCUAGAAGGUAACCUGCUGUAUUUAUUUAUUUUCUUUUGGUUAAAUAUAAUUUCCAAACUUUGUGGUCAGGCAGCAUGCAAGGUUACGUUACCACAGAUUGACAGUUGGUGUAUGUACCAAUCAAUCCCUUCAUUAGAUUUAUACAGGUUUAGUUAAGUAGCAUUAAAUAGGAUUCUUAGAAGUAUGUCUUCAUAGUACUUUUAAUACUUAAGGAUUUGUAAAAAAAAAAAUUAAAAAAAGAAACAAACUAUCCAUGAAGGGAGAGCUCCUCAGCAUAACUGCUCAGGGAAAUAGGGCUAAAUAAUUGAACAUUAAAUAAUUGGUUUAAGGUGCUGUUAGUCGAGCCUCAAUGCUUGCUACAAGGAUGUAUGUACAAGGACUGACUUUAAUAAUUUGCAUUAUAUCGUCCCAACCAGUAGUUUCUUUUUUGCCACGGAGAUGUAGAAGAUAUUACAAGCUACUGGAUGCACUGUCAGAUUAACUUAUUUCAUUAAAGAAGUUGGGAGAACAAAUAGGAAAAAAAACUUAUUUUUCUAGUAAAUAUUAAUGUAUUACAUUUCAAAUAAUGGUGCCUGACAUAUUGAAUAAUUAUUUUCUACAGUGUACGUAUGCAACAAAGAUAUUCCAUCAUGCAUUAGAGUCAGUUCUGGCUCUGCCUAGCUGUUUACAUUUGCAAAUGUAGCAAACCAGGUUAUGAAGCAAACUAUUUCUAUUGCAGUAGGUAUCUUUAGUGUGUGUAUAUGUGUGUGUGUGUGUGUGUGUGCCCGCGCGUGUGUGCGUGUGUGUGCAUUCAAGUUGGAAACGGUAACAUGAAACAAAGGAAGUUCUCAGUGUAAUGGUGUGGAAAACAAGAAGGAAAUGAAAAUAUUUUUAUGCCUACUUAGGAUACAAGGGUAGCACUAUUCAUUCCAAGUACUUUUUUUUAAAUUUUAAGCUCUUAACUCCCCUUGUUAUGCUUAAGAUGAUAAACAUAUAUCCUCUUUUUAUUGCUUUGUCUAUGUUUCAGACGAAACAUUUUGGAGAUCAUUUUGAGAAGUGUUGCUGGAAUCUGCAGCACCGUUGUUUUUAUUGCAUUCUAUAGCCGCGUUUGCACUCCAUUUUUCCAUUAAUUCGCAGUGGCUUCAUGUUGUUCUGUUUCGUCGGGUUUUGCUUCUCUCUCACAAUGCGGGAGUCUCAUUGCUUAGAGUUGGAUGGCAGGUAGAGCUAACCAGUCCAUGACUGUCGGAGUGGAUGAAGUUAAAAUUUCCUUUCUGAUGUUGUGUUCUCAUCUUCAUUCUUGCAUUUUUUUUUUUUUGGUUUAUUUUCAUGUUUAAAAAAAAAAAGAAAAAAAAGGAAAAAAAGAAGAUGGCAAGAAAGAGAAUCAGGACUAAGCCCUCUGCUCUGGUUUCACUUUUAAAGGACCCCAUUCUGAUCUCACCUGUCUGUGGCAUAUCUCUAAUAUUCACAAGAACUGCAAUAAAGAGGUGGAGUGAGGAGCUUUGACCUUCAACUGACUUGAUAUCAUUUCUCUUCUUUGGGAGUUUUGGCGGAUGCAUCUCAGAAUAGAGUGGCCUAUCUGGGAGGUGACAGAGAUCUAAAAAGGAGAUUUCCCAAACAACAAUAUUUAAUUUCCUUAGGAAAAAGAAUAUUAAAAUGCACUGUACCAAUCCUCAAGGCUCAUUAUAUGUGGAGUGGCCAAAUCAGCAACAUACCAGAAAUUUGGUCAACUUGGGCAAUAUUGCACAUGAUAUCUUUGAUAUCCUUAUGCAAUCUCUUCAGCGUGGUAGUCAGAAGUUGACUUUUCAUUGUUGGCAUGUAUGCCUUUGGUGUUCAUUCCAUUAUUUUUUUUCCUCAGUCAGACUUAUGAGCAAUGACUAGCAUUGGAAAAUACAUAUCACUGUGCUUGGAAUAUUUAUGGUCAGUCUACUUUCAGUAGAUGGUUUUUGAAUAGCAUCGGUAUGUUAGAUCUUAUUCCGUAUUCCUUUAUUAUUAAUUAUUUUGUUUUCAUGUUUGUUUAUGUUAUGCAUAUUUUGGUAGAGAAAAGUUGGGGCUUAAAAAAGAUGGAAGUUUAUAAUAACACUAAAAUACUCCUUAUUUUUUGAUGACCUAAAGUUUUGAGUCCAUGUCUCUAAGUGUAUUACAAAAAUGGCUUUUAUUUUUAAAGGCAUUUGAAUUGUUUUGUCUUAAAUUGUGAAGGAUUUUAAGUGAGCUAUUUAGGUACUUAACCUUUUUUGAAGGACUUUCAAGAUGAUGUUGGAACUCUUCUCUCUUGGAGAAGUCUUCACGGAUGUACCAUCUAAAGCAGUAUGCCAUUUCACACCUGCGAUUCUUUUCGAAUCACUUGUUGAUUCUAAAUUGAGCUUUGGCUCCCACAUUGGGCCAGAGCCAAUUCAUGCACACUCUUCCUUUUCUUACCUUUCUCUCAUCUUCACCCACACCUACGAAAGUACUGUUGUUUGGGAUAUAAAAACCAGAAAGAGCCAGCCCACCUUGGAAGAUUGUGGAAUGAGAGAGACACUACAUGCCUCUAAGUACACGAGAAAGGGAUGGAGCUCACACGUUAACAUACCCUCUCUGUUGUUCAAAUGGCAGCGAGUUGCCCAGUUCUCUCUACACGUCAUAUUGAGUUUUUUUGUUUGUUUGUUUUGUUUUGUUUUGUUAAAUCCACUUUUAAGAUAGUGAUGUUCUGUUCUAAACUGUUCUCUUUUAGUAAAGAUAGAUUUUAGGAAACAAGCAUGGGGAUUCUGUCCUAAGGUUGUAGUGAGAAGAAGGAAGCAGCGAUGAUCUUCAAGAGCUUUUUGUGGCAGCCUGUGGGAGCACAUCCUGUUUGUGAUUGCACAUAUGCAAACGAUCUGUUAUGAUUUAAUGCAAAUACAGCUCCAAAAACAUUAAAAUGUAUAUAUAUAUAUAUACAUAUAUAUUUUAAAUGCCUGGGGAAAUGUUUUUCUUAAUAAAUGGAAGAUGAUCCAUAUUGAUAUCAAAAUAAUUCUUACCCUCUUGCCAUGUGGCUGCAAACAUCACAAAGUGACCUGUCAUAAGACUCAUAUACUCCUUGCCUACUUAGUUAGCAAAUAGCAACACCUUUCUAGAAAGUGGAGACAUCUGCCUUCUGGAGGUAAAACCAUGGAUUGACUCUGCUAGUGGUUUGGUGGCCAUGCUGUCUCUGGGCCAUAUGCCAGCCUCUUGCCCAUAGUUGAGAUGGAUUAUACUACCUGCCUUUGGGAUGAGGAUCACGGCAAAAUAAUACCACAUGGCAUUUUUGGUUAGCUGGUAGGUGAAGACUUGCUGACUUCGUUAGACAAAGAGAGCUGAGGAACUGUACAACCCUGGAUAUGAAACGAAAUAUACUAACCAAAGGGAGGUACUGUUAGGUGGACCAGGCCACUGGGUAUCAACUAAGAGUGGUUAGAAACAGGCCUAUGGAGAGCAGCGUUCUUAUAGAUUUGGCCGAGGGCAAGAGACACUAGCUUCUCUGUAGAGUGCUGACUUUGGUUGUCAGUUGCUGGUACAUAGUGUUCUCAUGUGUUUCUGAUCACAGUGCCGCAGUUUCUAAAGCGUUUCCACUUAUUCAUAGUCAAUGGACCCUCUGGAGGAUGGUAGGGCAGAAAUGUGCCAAGGCAGGGAUGAAGACAAUGUGAAAAUCAGCAGUAAUCCACACACGGAAAUGGAGAAAGUAUGCUCACAUGUUCUAUUGAAAAGCAUGUUUCUUUUGAAAGAGAAAUUAGUGUGGGAAGCUUAUACUGUCCUGCACCAGAGCAAAGCGAGAGUGACUACCAUAAAGAGAAUGUUUAACCUUCCUCAGACCCACAAGUCCCAAAACUGGAUCCUGGUUUUACCCCGUUAUUUCUUCAAUACAAUGACUGCGAAAUAUCACUCUUUCUUUCUGUGCCUCAGGUUCCUCAGCUGUAAAAUGGAAAAGUAUAUUAAUAAUAAUAAUAUUAAUAUUAAAAAUAAUAAUGGUAAUGUAGUACUUGUUUGUAAAGCACUUUGAGAUCCUUGGUUGGAGGGCACCACAGGCGUGUCAAGUAUUAUUAUGUGGCCAAGGGGGUUCUUUAAAGCUCUGGUUCCCGAGGGCCAAGAAAGUUUGGCAUCAUUUUUAUUAAAGAUGAGCUGUAAAUAUCUUAACUAAGCAGCCUAUAGUGUUGGCUAUGAAGAGGCAAGGCUAUAACAAGGCUGAUAAGACCAUAGUUUCUUAAUGGCUACCAAUAAGGCACGUGCCACAAUAACAAAUGCUGAAUUCUUUAGGGUGUAAUAUUUGACAACAUGAUUGAUCUGGGGGUGGGUUGGGGAUGGAAAACAUCUCAAAAUGCCAAUGUAAAACUAACAGCAAUAUUCACCAGCAGAAAAUGUCUUUCAUAUGGAAUGAUUUCAUGUUGAUAAGAAAAAACAUUCAAUUUGUAGUCCUGAUUUGAACAUCAGACUGUGGGAUAUAGUAGUUCUGUUCUUACAACACAUGGAAUUUUUUCAUUUUAUUUCAUUUUGUUUUCAUAGUGCAUGUUCAUUUCUACUCACGACAUGUUCUUGGUGUAUUUCUUAUGCAAACAAUCUUCAGGCAGCAAAGAUGUCUGUUACAUCUAAACUUGAAUAAUAAAGUUUUAC